AUGGCUGAUGCGCUUGUUGAGUACUUCAGUCAAUCCGUCCGCGCGCGCAUUCUGGGUCACGGCCGAGAUGUCGAUCCUUUCAUUGAAAUUGUGAACUGUAUUCUCGAUAAUCUCGUUGAAGGAUUCGGUCAUGUGGUCGUAGCGCGCGUUAUGGGACCGGGUAACGUUUUCGAAGCUCUCGCCAAUGCUCUUGACGGUGUUUUCGUACAUCUCGUUGAAGCAUUGGGACAUACUAUCAAAGCUCUCGUUGUAACGCAGGUCCAUGGAAUCCAGGCUAUCGUUGAAGGUCUUGAUGAUCCUGUCGUCUUUCUUGCCUUGCUCCUCGAAUUGGUCAUCUGUCCAUUUGGUCCUGACAUCGAUCUGCUCAUGCAUGAUCGUGUUCAUCUUCUCGAUGCGGGCAACCUCCGCGGGCAGCUUUUCGAGGCGGGCAACCUCAAUGGGCAGCUUCUCAAGGCGGGCAACGUCCAUGGACAGCUUCUUGACAAGGUCUGA